AUGGAAAUAAUUUUAGCAUUCGUUUUAUACGAAGUAAUUCUUUCAUCCAGCACUUUGUCUGAAAAGUCAAUGUGCUUUGCAUUUAUUUUAUUAUUCUCAAUGAUUAAUAGAGACCAACAGGACCAACAUAAGCAACCACCACCACCACCACAACAACAACCAACCACACAACAACAACAAUCUCAGCCAACCACACCUCCACAGCAACCAAUCCCACAACCAACUCCACAACAACAACAACCAAUCCCUGGACCAACCCCACAACAACAGCAACCAAAACCAAAACCAAAACCACCACCACCACAAAAACAACAACCAUUCAUUUUUUUUAUUAUUUUAAAAUGGUGGUUAAAAAAAUUUUAUUUUAUUUUAGUUUCCGACUCAAAUUUACUUUUUUUUGAGAAUUGUGGAAACUGUAUUCCAAGAUUUCCAAGUGAAGUCACCCCAAAUAAAUUCCGUUGUAUAAUAUGCGGAUUUAUAAACUAUACAAGUGACAAUAAUAAUAGGGGAAAAAAAAAAUAA